AUGCCUAAAUUGAUUUCUGAUUUUCAAGGAGCAUUUAUUAAGAGCAGGCAGAUUUUGGAUGGGGUGUUGAUUGCAAGUGAAUGUAUAGAUAGCAGAUUGAAGAAAAAGAAGCCUGGAGUCUUGUGCAAAGUUGAUAUGGAGAACGCUUUUGAUCACAUUAAGUGGAAGACUUUAAUUUGCAUUCUGGAGAAACAUGGGUUUGGCAGGAGAUGGAUUUCAUGGAUCAAAUGGUGUAUUUAUUCAACUAAUAUUUCUGUGUUAGUUAAUGGGAGCUCAACUGAGAUAUUUAAGCCCUCAAAAGGUUUGAGGCAAGGUGAUUCAUUAUCACCAUUCUUAUUUUUGUUAGUGGUGGAAGUGUUAUCCAAGUUAGUGAAUGAUGUUGUUAACAUGGGACAGAUUCAUGGGUUCCAAGUAAUGGAGGAAGGUUUGGUGAUUUCUCACUUACAGUUUGCAGAUGAUACUCUGCUAUUUAUCAAUGCAGAUGUGGAGGAGAUGAGGAAGCUACUUAUUAUUCUGAACACUGUUGAAAUGCUCGCAUGGUUGAAGUUAAAUUUGGAGAAAAGUUCUUUGAUCAGUAUUGGUGCUGAUGAGAUUAUUCAAGAGUUAGCACUGGAGUUAGGAUGUAAAGUGGAACAGCUUCCUAUAAAAUACUUGGGAUUACUAUUAGGAGCUACUUCUAGAAAUGUCUCAAUUUGGGAGGAGGUGGUUCAGAGAAUGCAGGAGAAACUGACAACUUGGAAUAAGAAAUAUUUCAACAAAGCAGGGAGAUUCCCAGACAUUUAUAAGGUUGUCAGUAACAAGAAUGCUACCAUUGCUGAAAUGGUGAAUGAAGGAAGAUUACAGUGUUUCUCAAGAAGAAGACUGAAUACACAAGAGCAACUGCAGUGGGAUAGCCUUUGUAAUGAAUUAGGGCAUGUUCCAGAUUUUUCAGAAGCAGAAGAUGAGCUGUUGAUGGAAAGUGAAUUUUCAGUGCAAGAGUGUUACAAUAUGCAGUUGGAGGAUAGAUCUGUGUGUUGCUUUGAGAAAUUUCUUUGGAACAAGAAUAUACCUUCUAAAGUGAGCUUCAUGUUGUGGACUAAUUUUCACAAUUCUCUACCAACAUUAACAAUGUUGAGUCAUAGAGGUGUGAAUGUGCAGAGCAAGUUAUGUGUAUACUGUCAACAAGUGGAUGAAACUGCAGAUCAUAUUUUUCUGCACUGCCCUUAUGUUGUUCAGGUUUGGAACUUCUUUGUGAAGACUUUUAGGGUGUCUUGGACAUUCCAUACUACUGUUUUGAAUCAUUUUGAGGCUUGGAGGAUGAAUGAAUUACAAGGAAAGUGCAGGAAGCUUUGGUGGUUGGUGAACUAUGCAAUUCUAUGGCACCUGUGGAAGGAAAGAAGUUCAAGAGUAUUUGGUGGUAGACACAAAUUGGUUGAUGAGACAAUUUUGCUCAUUCAUAACACUAUUAUUUUGUGGUGUUUUGAGAAUGAGGUUUUUAGAGGAUUCACUGUGAAUCAAAUUCUUUUUCAUUGGGACACUGUUAUUCACAUGUAA